GGCCGGCAGGUGAGAUCAGCUCCGUGCACGCACUGACCAGCGUGCGGCUCAGCAUGGUGCACGGCUGACCUGAAUCACACUUGUGUAGUCGGUGUGCGGCUGCAGGGGCAGAUGUGACUCACACAACCCAGCCCUCAGUAGAUUACUGGAAGUGAUGCUCAUCCCAUCAGCCAGUAGGAAUAGUUCAAAUGUCCAGGGAAUCCAGAGAGUGGCUGACGCUCCUGUCCGUCACUUUGUGGAACGGGCAGUCGUCUUCUGUCACCUGAGUGAAGCUGAAGUGCAGCAGAUCAGUGACCUGCAGCAGAACGGACGGAGGAGCCAGACACGAGACUCGGUGGUGAAUGAGUUUUCAGAGGUUUAAACCCUACAGAGCUACAGAGGAACCAUCACCUGCUCCAUCUCUGGCGUUAGAACAACAUCAUGGAGUGCACUCACGCCACCUCACACCUCUACAUCAGCAAGAGGAGCUGUGUGAGUCCUCCCUUCUCUUUGUUCAGGGGCCCGUCUCCCCCCUCUAAAGCCCCUCUCAGCUCCCAUCGACUGGGCUCCAACUGGGAGGAGGAAGAGGGUCCGGCUGGAAAUGUGAGGGCAGGUCAAGCAGACAAAGCGCUGGAUGACUCCUCCGAGGUCCGCUGGCUGACAGAGUUGUUACCGCUGUGUGUGGAGUGUCAGACUUUCAUGAGCAUGGGGAACCAACAGGGCACUUCAGCAAAAUCCCCAUGGAUCCAGAUCCCUCGGGAGAGAAGGAAGAGAGCGGAGGGGAUAGUUAACGCAGGCACCCUUCACCAUAACGUGAAGAUGUCCCCCGGGUCGCCUCGGGUGCCCUCGAAGCUAAAGAGGCUGAGGAAGCCUCAGACGUCGAGCUCCCCUACGUUUGGAGAGUGGGACUUCAAGGUGGACAGGCCCAUCAGGAGAAAGGGAGUUUCUGUAAAAGACAAGGAGAACCAAAGUGCUCGGACACAGGAGAUAAAGCCAGUGUGGAGAUUGAAGCCGCCCGAUGCCGCAUCUGAAAAGGUUUCUAGAUCUAAUGCUAAAAAAGCUCCUCUCUCUCACAAGAGGGAUUUACCCAGAAAGGAUGAAUGUGCAUUUCCUGACUCGGACACUGACAACUCGGAAUAUGACAACGAGACGUACUCAGCGUACAUCACUCAGCCUCGUCUCGACUCCAAUAGAGGGACAGAGGAGAGAACCAGAAACACAGCAAAGGCCCAGACCACCCAGUCAGCAAGUCAGACCCAUGAGGACAGGAAGGCAGAGGUCGGGGAGGUGAAGUCCCCUCAGCGGUGGUUUGAAGAGCUGGGGAAGAGGGCUGCAGCACGGCGGGUGAUGGGCAAAAUCGAGGAAGUUGAGGGAAUCAUACGAAGGGUGAGUCUCACUAGCUCGGACUGGAUCAAAGAGGGCAGUGACGGCGAUGAACCCCAGUUCAUUCCCGAUGGAAGCAAUGGUGACGACCAUCUGCAACAAAGAUGCAGGGCUGAAUUCACGUCUGAUUCCCUGAGUGAGACACAGAACUUGGGUCGCGCUGCAGACAAGCCUCUGCCGGUGGAAGAACUCCGAGUCCUGUGUGAAGCUCUGAGCCAGAGCCUCCAUCAGGCUCUGAGGAUGGAGGGAGCGAAGGCAGAUAUCGAAGAUCUCAUAGAGGACAAACAGUGUGAGAAGAAUUCAAAGGGAUCGAAAAGGAAGAAUCGACCAUCGCAUCUUUACAAGUGUUCAAACAAUUCUUCACGGCCUCCUUCAGCUGGUAGAGAAACUUCCCCUGUACGGUCACCAUCCCUGUCUGCGCUCCUGGAUGUUUCUCCACCAACAUCCAGCAGCUUUGACGUCAUGUCCCCGAUUCUGUCCCCUUUGUUUUCGUCCUCUCUGCCUCUGAACCUGACUGAUCAGCGUGAGGAAGACAUGUUUCAGAGUCACACAGUGCAGACAAAAUCAGGAGAAGACAGUUUAUUCUCCGGAGACUGUGGAGGUGCCAAGGAAAAGGGUGAGAGGAAUCCAAAGAGGAAGUGGUCAUGGUCGAGCCUCGGGCUGAGUGAAGAGAUUCAGAUUCAGACAGACGGACGCACCAAUGAGACAGAGGACAACCACGAUUCAUCCUCAGACGAAGCUCUACAGAGGCUGGAGGAGAUCUGGCAGCAGGAGGUGGAAGACUCUCUCUCCUUCAGUCGGUUCCUCUCUCAUCCGUCCAGACCCAAACACAUCGACUUCCUACGCAUCACCGCUGCCGAGGACGACAUCGCUGAUACACCCACAGCCACACCUCUCCCCCCGGAGUUCAGGUCAGAGGCUUCCACGCCGGGGGAGGGAGAGGAACGGACUCCUGGUCGUUUACAAGCCGUCUGGCCGCCAGUCAAGGAGGAGAAAGUCGGGCUCAAGUACACUGAAGCAGAGCAUCAGGCGGCUCUGCUGCAGCUGAAGAGAGAAUGCAAAGAGGAGCUGGAGAACUUACAGGAGGAGUUCGGUCGGCAGCUUUCCAGACUACGGGUGGACAACGAGGACAGCGUCGCCCGUCUGGAGUUCACUGUGGCCGAGCUGCAGGACAAACUCUCCCAGGCUGGGAGCCACUGCAGAGGGGAGGUCCGAGACGUCGCUGUGUCCACUGGAGACGACUGUUUACAAAAAUCUUUCCGCACCGUCUGCGUCCAGACGGACAGAGAGACCUUCGUCAAAACCCCGGAGGAUGGAGAGGGCGCAGGGAGGACAGGGACGAGUCCCCGGCCGCAGAAGGUGACCCCCAGAAAGCUGGACCUGGCCUCCAUCAGCCUGAGCCUGGCCGGUCAACAGGACGACACAGCGCCCCCUGGGCCUCCAUCCCAGACUCUGCCUGCUCCUGGAGCCACGGUCCCUCAAACAGAACAACCACCAGCCCCUGCUGAGGCAACGUUAACCAACAAAACACACAAUCUCCUUCCUCCUCCUCCUCCUCCUCCACCACCGCCUCCUCCAUCCAUGCCAGGCUUAGCCCCCACCUCCUCCUCCUCCACCACCACCGCCGCCUCCUCCAUCCAUGCCAGGCUUAGCCCCCCCACCUCCUCCUCCACCACCACCACCACCACCACCACCACCUCCAUCCAUGCCAGGCUUAGCCCCCCACCUCCUCCUCCUCCACCACCACCAUCCAUGCCAGGCCUAGCCCCCCCACCUCCUCCUCCUCCAGGUGGAGGUUUCUUUGUGGAUAAACCUCCCAGGAAAGAAGCGGUGGAGCUGUCCAGACCCAUGAAGCCUCUUUACUGGACCAGGAUCCAGAUGCAGGACAACAACAUCGACACACUGUGGAACCUUUUAGAAGAACCAAACAUAAUCAACGCCAGCGAGUUUGAGGAUCUCUUUGCCAAAAGCACCACACAGACCAAGAGGAAGCCGCUGUCUGAGGCGUAUGAGAAGAAAGCCAAAUCCAGGAAGAUCAUUAAGCUGCUGGACGGUAAGCGCUCUCAGGCCGUGGGCAUCCUCAUAUCAAGCCUCCACCUGGAGAUGAAAGACAUUCAACAAGCUGUGCUGACUGUGGACCACUCUGUUGUGGACCUGGAGACCAUUGAAGCUCUGUAUGAAAACAGAGCUCAGCCCGAGGAGCUGGAGAAGAUCAAGAAACACUACGAGAUGUCAGAGGAGGAGAAAGUCAAACUCCUGGACAAACCCGAACAGUUCCUGUACGAGCUGUCUCAGAUCCCAGACUUUGCAGGAAGAGCUCACUGCAUCAUCUUCCAGGCGGCGUUCAUCGACACGAUCGGGUCCGUCCAACGCAAGCUCAGCAUAGUCUCCUCUGUCUGCAAGGCCCUGGUGGAGAGUAACGACGUGCGGGAGAUGAUGGGACUGGUGCUGGCUCUGGGGAACCACAUGAACGGGGGCAGCAGGACCAGGGGUCAGGCUGACGGCUUCGGCCUGGAGAUCCUCCCUAAACUCAAGGACGUGAAGAGCAGAGACAAUCGCAUCAGCCUGGUGGACUAUGUGGUGUCAUACUACCUCCACAAUGUGGACAAGAACGCCGGCACAGACAGGAGCAUGUUCCCCCUCCCUGAACCCCAGGACGUCUUCCUGGCGGCACAGGUCAGGUUCGAUGACCUCAACAGGGACCUGAGGCAGCUCGGACGAGAUCUCACAAGAUGUGAGAACAAUGUGAAGGAGGUUUGCUCCGAAUCACCUGAAGAGCAUCUGCAGCCGUUCAAAGACAAGAUGGAGGCCUUUGUUCUCAGUGCACGAAAGGAACAUGCAGAAACCUCCUAUCAGAUGGUGACUGUGCAAAAAAGUUUUCAGGACUUGGUUCUGUACUUCGGACUGAAGCCGAAGACCGGAGAGAAGGACGUGACUGCCGCUCAUUUCUUCAUGCUCUGGUUUGAGUUCUGUGGCGACUUCAAGGUCAGGUGGAAGAAGGAGAAUAAGACGAUCUCUAACGAGAGGUUAAAGGAGGCUCAGCUCUCGGUGAAGCGAAUCACUGCGGAGAAAAAAGUGGAAACGAGGAAGAUCAACGCCAACAGCCUGAAACAUCGACUGCGUCAGAAAGAAGGCAGCAUGUCUUCAACUUGAGAGACGUCCCCUCUAACAUCACGUCAGCCACACAACCAGCUCCUGCUUGGAUCAGACUGGACAUUAUCGUCUCAGACACCGAUAUCCGUGUUGAUUUAAUUUGUGUGUAUGUUUGUUUACAGACUCAAUUUGCCUGAUAUUCUUACAUUUCCAAGAACAUACUGAAGAUGUGUUGAAAUUUAAAGAGACUGAAACAAUCGUUUGUGCAAUACGAUAGAUUUACCUGUGUACAUUACGUAAUUUUGCAGUAAUUCUUAUAUGUAUAGUCAAGAAUCUUUUACUGCAUUUUUUUCCACAAAUAAAAAAAAUCACUGAUCAGAAAUGAGGUGAUGUAUCAGCUGGGAAA